AUGGGCAGCUCAUUCUUCAAGUCUUGGAGCGCACAAAGACACCAGCCAUUACUAUCCAUUCCAGCAUACCUGACAUUGACCCUAUUGCUGCUCUCGUCACCCGUCGCAUCAAUAUGGCCGUUCUCGCCGAAACAGUUCACGAAGAACUCUCUCCUGGAUGCGGGCUUACUGGGCAUUAAUGACGGGGAUCGGAUAGUCGCAUUUGGAGACUUUAAUGGGGACCAGUUCUUGGACGUCCUGUCAGUAGACUCGGACCAGCAGACUUUGUCUGUGUACCUCUGGCAACACGAUGUGUUUUCAUUCAAGAAAGUCUCAUCGGUGCGACACCCGUGGCCUAUUCAUAAUGUCAUCCCAGGCGAUUUCACGCACGACGGCAAGCUUGAUGUGCUUGUCAUGAGCUCAAAUCGCGCUUCUUCAGAUAGACUAGAUAUGACUCUCUACACAGGUAAUCACGACGGUACAUUUGCGUCAGACUCUAUUUCAGUCGCAUCUUCGACGCUCUCAGAACCCAUACCAGUUGAUAUCGAUGGAGACAUGAAAAUUGACCUGUUGGGCACUGCAUAUUUGCAAGGAACUUAUACCGCCCCCUUCACAGUCUGGCGGAAUAUCUGGAAUGCGUCGCAGAGUCCACCAACGCUGUUCGAACUUAUUGACCCUCCUUUUACUGGAAACCAGUGCACGCUCGCCAAUCCUCACAGCAAUGCUGUGAUUGAUCUCAAUGGUGAUUGUUUAGCAGAUAUCUUUCUGGUAUGCCAGGAUAGUUCGGGGAAGAAGUCAUACCAGAUCUGGGUUAAUAACAAGGACUCUGGAUUUUCGUUAGACCAGAGCGGUGACCUACCUUCUGGGACGCAGGGGAUAUCUUUUGCUGACGUCGACAGGGAUGGCACUAUCGACAUGGUAUUUCCCUCAUGCUCAUCCGUUUCCUCAGCUGGCGUGGGCUCUGGCUGUUUUAUCAACAUAGCGUACAACAAACAAUUACCGUUGUGUACUUCCCCAACAUCCCCUGCCAUAGGCAAACAAGGAAGGCGAACCUGUCGGCGACCAGAGGAGCUGUGCACUGCUGACCCAAACUUCAAGUUCGAUUUGAGUACAGGAAGCGAAAACGACGCAUACGUACAGAUACCACUCUCAAACCUUCUUCCCUCCUCUCCCACGAGCUCUCUUCUAGUCCUCGAUACCACAUAUUCUCCGUCUAUCCCUCUGCCCGUCAAGCUCGGAGACGCUAACCUUGAUGGAUUUCCGGAUCUCCUCCUCAUUGUCUCGAACCCCUCUGAUCAAUCACGUACACCCAAACUAUUAUUUUCCGAGCCUUGUACUAAGGGCCUGGGAGGAUGCGACGAAAAGGGGAAUGGCAGGAGGGGCUUCAAACUUGUCACGAAGGGUGCUGAGUCUUUGGAAGCUGUGAAGGACGCACGCGGAGUCUCGUUUUUGGAUAUGGAUGAGGAUGGUACGCUGGAUAUUAUCGUGCAGCGAAAUGGGCAGCAAAAGCAAGGCAGUGUAUUGUUUGUCCAGAACAAUUUUUAUUAUGAUGCGUUCUUUUUGAAUGCUAUAGUGCUAAAUGGUGCAUGUAAUAAUGGAUGGUGUACGGAUUCAAACGGCUCGACGUACUCCCCCUUUGGCGUGAGCUACUCUGGUGCAUCGUAUAAAUACACGGUUCUUGACACUUCUGGCCGUCGUACCGCUGCUCAAGUCGGGCAACUUCCUCAAACUUCUUACCAUUCCCUUCUGACGCCAUAUUCAUUCUUCGGGCUCGGGCGCACCAACAAUUACAUCGAGAACCUGUUUGUCGGCUCAACCAAGCACACACAGGAACAUUUCAUCAAUAUGGAAGGCGUCAUUCCAAACUCGCGCGUCGUCAUCCACCCUGCCCUUGGUGAUGGGGCAUGGCGAAGGGAGCUGUUCCUCCGGCCAGGGGCUUGGGUCCCAUGGGUAACGCUUACAGUCGUAGCUGCAACCUUCAUUUUGGCAGGCAUUGUCUUCGUACUGCACCUGAAUGAGAAGAGGGAGGAUGAGCUGGAGCGGAGGAGAGCAUCGCAUCAUAUCAAUUUUGAUGCACUGUAA